UCCUUGACGACCGCUAAUGAACACAAGCAACGUAAUGGCAGACGUAGUUUGUGGUCAAACGUCAAUAUGGGAACAAGUUUGCCGCGAGUUUGAAGCUGAGCAGCCCAAUCCUCCAUUUCAGAAGUUCAAGGCAUCGGUGGAUGAUGAUCGUCAGAGGGACACUGACCCUCUUGUUGGUGUUGCUGGCUGGAAAGCUCACCUUUCUUCUCAGAAGCACCCAAAGAUACUUGAAGUUUCACCGUCCCUACAUAUCGAUGAAUGCCCUGUCAAGCGGUUCUUGGAGAAGACGGUGUACCCAGUAUUGUUGCCUGGUCUAGCAGCUUUGCUGAGAGAAUCCCAGAAAUACAACUGUUUUGAGAGAAAAAUAACCAAGUUUGUCCCCUGUAAUUUCCUAACUGAGUGGAUAUACAAUCAGAACCCCCGCAGGCAGGGACAGGAUCCAGUGAACUUUCUAGACAUUCCCUUUGUCAGGGACUGGCUCAGAAAGCACCCAAGGCCUCCCAUCCCUUUGUUUCUACAGCUCAGUGAAGAAGAGGCUGCUCUGCUUGUUCAGGCUUUCUGGAGAGGAUACAAGGUCAGAGCACGGCCCGAUGUGCAGGAAUUACGCCAAUGGCAAAGGGAGCUGAGGGAGAGUCAUGAUAUUGCCAAAACGGUUGCACGUUUCUGGGCCCGGCAAGAAACCCGAGUUGGUUUGACCAUGACAGAUCUAGCAGAAGGCCCUGAUGCCGACCACUCUCUAUCCCUCGGUUAAGCAUGGUCCACACCAGCCAGAUGACCUGACUGGCCUGUGAGUGGCUGACCACCAUCCUCAUCAUAACUGAGUAAUUCCCUUGCUCCAUCUAACACUGUAAAGAAAAACAUUCAAAUAUUUGAGCUAGAUUGUUUGAAUUGUUAUAUAUAUAUUCUGUGAAAGAAUUAUCUCUUAGUUCUGUGUACUAUGUUUUAUAUGGUGUUAAAGGACAUUAAACUUUGUUACCCUGAGGUUAAACUGACCAAAAUGGUCAGUCAAACAAGCUAUUUAAAGCCUACAGGGUCAGGCAAGAAUUUAUGAUUUGAUCCAUGUCUAAUCAUUUUAUUGCUCCUUUUGUCUCAUUGAAUGAUCACAUCCCUUCCUGUGUCUUACCUAAUAAAUGAAUCCCAUAUAACUUGGUUCCCAUAAUGCUGACAACCGUA